AUGGCCCAUCCAGGAGCAUAUUUCUACCUCCCCAUACGGUCUCUUCGACCCAGACGCGCAUACUGCCCGGUGACCCUCCGACCACAACCAUACCCCAGGAUAUCAGCUCAAUGCCAGCGAUGGCAGAGCAGUCAUCCCGGAAGCGCGGGAUCCGAUAACGCCACGACACACCUAGAACCACCUUCCCCGGACUUGUCGCACUUGAACCCGGCGCCGGACGAUUACUCGCGGUUUAUCUUCCAGGACAAAUGCCAGGUCACCAUGCAUGCUGGCGCCGGCGGAAAUGGCUGUGUGUCGUUUCUGCGCGAGAAGUACAUCGAAGAGGGUCCUCCGAACGGCGGCGAUGGUGGUAGCGGCGGUGGUCUUUACAUUCAAGCUGUCGAGGGCUUGACUAGUCUACACAAACUGGCGCGCAGGGGCGUGAUUCGGGCUAGUCGGGGCAAAAACGGGCAGGGAAAAAGCAAGGGUGGCAAGCGCGGCGACGAUAUCCUCAUCCAGGUCCCUGUCGGGACGGUCGUCCGAGAAGUGGAACGGCAUGACCCGGUCGAAGAGGAGAUUGCUCGCAGAAGGAUUGAAAUGAAAGAAGAGGCGAGGAGGGCUGAAGAAUUGAAAAUGGCGGAAGAGAUGAGGAGAGGCGAGGAGAUGAGAAAGGCCCAAGAGAUGGAAAUGGAAGAAGGUCUAGAAAGGAAAGAAGAAGAAAUGGAGAACGAAGCGCCCGAGAUCGAGGAGGGAGAGGCGUUUGCUCCUAUCCGGCACGAUCGCUGGGUGCUUUACCCCGGCGCCCACCCAUCCGAUUUCUUGACGGUGGCCUUUCCCAAGAUCAAGCCCCGCCGGCAGCAGAUCGCUGCCAUGGAGCCUCAAGCGCCCAUUUUUCUGGACCUCUCCAAGCCCACGGAAAAGCCAAUUCUUCUGGCUGCGGGCGGCGCAGGCGGAUUGGGCAACCCGCAUUUUGCGUCUCGCUCCAUGGGCCGACCGAAGUUCGCUGCACGCGGUGAAGGGGGCAUGCGAUUGGAGCUGGAUUUCGAGCUCAAGUUGCUUGCCGAUGUCGGUCUUGUUGGAAAGCCCAAUGCAGGCAAAAGCACGCUGCUGCGCUCAUUGACCAACAGUCGCACGCGGAUCGGCAACUGGGAGUUCACCACCCUCUCGCCGUGGAUUGGCACCGUGGUCAUCGAUGACAACACCGGUCGCCCUCUUGUUGAGUCGAAGGGAAAGACUCGUCGAACUAAUUUCACCAUCGCAGACAUCCCGGGCUUGGUCGAAGAUGCCCAUUUGGACCGUGGCCUCGGUCUCGGAUUCCUUCGACACAUCGACCGGGCCGGCAUCUUGGCUUUUGUGCUUGACUUGAGUGCCGGGGACCCCGUGCAGGAGCUUCAGAAGCUGUGGCAUGAACUUGGGGAGUAUGAGCGACUGCGCGAUGCGGAACCUGCUUCUGAGGAGCCCGAGGAUCUCGAGGGUGUGAUUGACUGGGGCCCAUCUAGCAGUGGUCUUCCCGAGUUUGAUCGCCCACAAAAUCAAGACAUUGAACUUCUUAGCCCCAAUGAGGAGUCAGUCAGCUCGCCAUCUAAUUCCCACGCCCCUCGUGCCCUACCUCAUCUCCCUAUGCCGCCUCUCCACACGAAGCCCUGGUUUGUCGUGGCUACCAAGGCAGACCUGGAAAACACACAAGACCGAUACCGAGCAUUGCAGGAGUAUCUGUCAGCUGUUCAAAAGGGCUUGACUGAGCACCCGUCUGGCAAUCCCAAUGGAUGGAAGGAGAGACUCCAUGCUGUCCCAGUCAGCGCUAUGCGCGGUGAAGGUGUCAGUCACAUCCCCAGGCUGGUGAUGGAGUUCCUGGAAUAA